UAGGUCCGUUCUGGGCGGGGGAUGACUCACAGCCCAUCCCAUCUCCCCGACGCCGCCCGCCCGCGCCGAGCUAGCUCCAUGGCUUAGCGGAGGAGGCGGCGGCUAAUGGGGGGAGGGGGACUCUUAUUUUGUUAGGGGGACCGGGCCGAGGCCCGACCGGCCUGGCAGGGCUCGCCCGGGGCCGGGCGUCAUGUCUCAUGCAGCCGAACCAGCUCGGGACGGCGUAGAGGCCAGCGCGGAGGGCCCUCGAGCCGUAUUCGUGCUGUUGGAGGAGCGCAGGCCGGCAGACUCAGCCCAGCUGCUCAGCCUGAACUCUUUGCUUCCGGAAUCCGGGAUUGUUGCUGACAUUGAAUUAGAAAACAUCCUUGAUCCGGACAGCUUCUACGAACUCAAAAGCCAACCCUUAUCCCUCCGAUCCAGCCUCCCAAUAUCACUGCAGGCCACACCAGCCACCCCAGCUACACUCUCUGCAUCGUCUUCUGCAGGGGGCUCCAGGACCCCUACCAUGUCAUCAUCUUCCUCAUCGAGGGUUUUGCUGCGGCAGCAGCUCAUGCGGGCCCAGGCACAGGAGCAAGAGAGGCGUGAGCGUCGGGAACAGGCCGCAGCCGCUUCCUUCCCCAAUCCUGCACCUGCUUCACCUGCCAUCUCCGUGGUUGGCGUUACUGCAGGGGGCCACACUUUGGGCCGGCCACCCCCUGCUCAGGUGCCCAGGGAGGUCCUCAAGGUGCAGACCCACCUGGAAAACCCAACGCGCUACCACCUGCAACAAGCACGCCGGCAGCAGGUAAAACAGUACCUGUCCACCACACUUGGGCCCAAGCUGGCUUCCCAGGCUCUCACACCACCUCCGGGGCCUGCAAGUGCCCAACCAUUGCCUGCUCCUGAGGCUACUCAUGCCACUGGCCCCACAGGCAGUGCUCCCAACAGCCCCAUGGCUCUGCUCACCAUCGGGUCCAGCUCAGAAAAGGAGAUUGAUGAUGUCAUUGAUGAGAUCAUCAGCCUGGAGUCCAGUUACAAUGAUGAGAUGCUCAGCUAUCUUCCCGGAGGCACUACAGGACUACAGCUCCCCAGCACGCUGCCUGUGUCAGGAAAUCUCCUGGAUGUCUACAACAGUCAGAGUGUAGCUACGCCAGCCAUCACUGUAAGUAACUCCUGUCCAGCUGAGCUGCCCAACAUCAAACGGGAGAUCUCUGAAACAGAGGCAAAGGCCCUUUUGAAGGAACGGCAGAAGAAAGACAAUCACAACUUAAUUGAGCGUCGGAGGCGAUUCAACAUUAACGAUAGGAUCAAGGAACUGGGCACACUCAUCCCCAAAUCCAACGACCCGGAGAUGCGCUGGAACAAAGGCACCAUCCUGAAGGCCUCUGUAGAUUACAUCCGAAAGCUACAGAAGGAGCAACAGCGCUCUAAAGACCUGGAGAGCCGACAGAGAUCCCUGGAGCAGGCCAACCGUAGCCUGCAGCUCCGGAUUCAGGAGUUAGAACUGCAGGCCCAGAUCCACGGUCUGCCAGUACCUCCCACCCCAGGGCUGCUUUCCCUGGCCACAACUUCGACAUCUGACAGCCUCAAGCCAGAGCAGCUGGACAUUGAGGAAGAGGGCAGAUCAAGUGCAGCCACAUUUCAUGUUGGAGGAGGACCUGCCCAGAGUGCUGUCCAUCAGCAGCCCCCAGCACCGCCUUCUGAUUCACUUCUGGACCUGCACUUUCCCAGUGACCACUUGGGGGACCUGGGAGACCCAUUCCACCUGGGGCUGGAGGACAUUCUGAUGGAGGAGGAGGAGGGGGUGGUGGGAGGACUAUCUGGUGUUGCUCUGUCCCCUCUGCGGGCUACCUCUGAUCCCUUGCUCUCUUCUGUAUCCCCGGCUGUCUCCAAGGCUAGUAGCCGCCGCAGCAGCUUCAGCAUGGAGGAAGAGUCCUGAUAAGGCCUCACCUCUCCCCUGGGACCCCAUUAUACCCCACCCCCACCUAGGCACUGAGGACAAGCCAGGGUGAGGUCCUGCCUUCCCCCCCCCUACUUUCCCAUGAGAUUGCCCUGCCCAGGAAUUCUGGGGGAAGAGGUGAUGUGAUUGAUCAGGCCCCAACCCUAUAAUAAACAAGGAGGAGGAAUCAGAUGAGAACCUGCCCCUGUACUCUAAGGACUCUCCUAAUAAGUUGUACUAAGUAAAAAACAAAGGAGAUAUCAGGAUGCUGCUCCAUCCCUUCUGUGCAAAUUGCCAGUCUAGCCUAUCCUGGCACUGGAAGAAGAGUUAAAAAUAAACUGAUUGAGGUCCCAACCCUGGGGGUUUAAGCCCUGCUCCUUUCUCCUAUGAACCUUGCCUGGGCAAAGAAGUGAGAGUCUGAUCCUACCCCUUCCCCCUGAAAACUCAGUCUGGCCUUCUUGGAAUGGAGGCCAAGCCAGGCCCCAUCCCUUCUCUGAAGAAGAGCCAAGCACAGGUUUUUCAGGUAUGGAGGAAUUAGUAAGGAUCUGGCCACCCACAUGGAGAUCAGCCCUUUCCCUUCCUCUUAGCAACAUGCCAUGCAAGCAUUCCACACUUCUGGGAGGAGUGGCACUUAAGCUCCCUGCCUUAACCUGGGACCAAACUGAACUGACCUAGGAGGGCUCAGAGUUGAUCUUGCUUUUGGGAAAGUGGGCAGCUUUUGAAAUUUUCUGCAUUAACUUCCCAGACGUAGAUCUCAAGUGAGACUUAAGACUCACCCUAGGGCAAAGUCCUGCCUUCUUCCUUGAGUGGCAGCGUGGGAGGUAAUGGAGUUUUAAGUGGGGAUCCAUUCUAGAUGCCACAAACCAAUUGAUAGAAACGGGUCUUGCUGGGGAAUUCCUCAGCCCAAGAGAAUGUAGGUUCUCUCCUAUAAGGCAGGAGCUUAGAAGAAGGAUUGCAAAAGCAUAUUGUAUUUUAUCAUUUGUUUAUGUGAUUUUUUUAUUGACCACCCUAACCUCUGGCCCCCACCCAGUUCUCCAUUUGGAGCAAUCACCCUGGUUCAGAGUUAUUAAGAGACACUCCCCACCCAUCCUGGCCUCUCCCGCCACUUACACCCAAGGAGGGUGUACUGAGGGGUCUGUAGGUUUGUGAAUAAGAUAAUAAAUGCUAGGCGUGUUUGAUGCGCUUUUAACUUUGGCAAA